CACCUGACCAAGUUAAAAUGUUCUUCCAAAGCCCAAAUAAACCCUUCAGGCAACGUUAAAAGAUAAGAAUACAGAGAAACAAAAACAGGCAUCAAGAUAUGGCUUCUUGGAGUAGAACUCUUGUUUCUUUAACGAUUGAUUCGCGCUCUAUCUUCUCUUCUUCCACUUCUUCUCCCAUUAUCACUCCACCUGUUGUGGGUUCACGUUUCUGUGCAGCUGAUUCCAUUACUAGUAUCAAACUUGCACAGCCUUGUUUAUACUCUUCAAUCAGCAAAAUCUGCAAGAACAAGGAAAGAAAACAAAUUUGCAGAGCAGGAGAAUACAAGUUUCCAGACCCAAUUCCAGAAUUCGCUGAUGCAGAGGCAGAGAAAUUUAGGACCCAUCUUCAUAAAAAGCUUGUAAAGAAAGAUAUAUGCGGAGAUUCAGUUGAUGACGUCGUCAGAAUCUGCACUGAGAUAUUCAGUACUUUCUUGCACACAGAGUAUGGCGGUCCUGGAACACUCUUAGUCACACCUUUCAUUGACAUGGCUGAUACUAUAAAUGAACGAGGUUUGCCUGGAGGACCUCAAGCUGCACGUGCAGCUGUCAAAUGGGCUCAAGAUCAUGUUGACAAGGAUUGGAAAGAGUGGACCGGAGGUGACAGUAAUUGACAGACGAACUGUAUAAUCUCCAUUUUAAGAGGAGAUUCUGUUCGGCAGCUGUAACUCCAAUUGAAAAAGGCUUAUCAAUCAGUUGAGUUUCAAGAUACUAAUAAUUUGUCCUGAUGAUGCAUGGAAAGGCAAAAUUAACCAUGCUUUAUAGAGGGAUGAUUGUGAAGGGAAUAUGCAUAUUUGUACCGUACCAUGAGAUUGCAUAAUGCCAUCUCAUUUGCUAGGUCUCUCUUUUUUUUUCUUUUUGGCAUUUUGAACCAGCUAGCUUGAGCUGUUCAAUUUUGCAUGAAAUGUUUGACAAAUUAUCCCAUGUUUUCUUGCACCUUAAUCUUCCUUCUGCCAAAUACAAUCUGACUUACCUACAUUUGGAAGUCCAUUAUAAACUUAAGGUACCAUGCGAACUGUAAUUUUGCAGUACCUUUUUGGUGGAAAAA